CCUAGUUUUGAAAUUUCAGCGGGACACCUUACGUAUUGAUACUGGUGUUUUCAAUUUUAAUCAGUGCGUUAGAACUCUUCGUGCGUCGCUAUAACUUUUAAACUAGCGAACAAUUUCGUCCAAACUUAAGCCAUGUCUUUUUCAAGAGCUCCAGUGAAACGAUUUAAUGAAAAUAUCGGCUGCGCCCCAGCACCGGGCACAUACGAGCUGAAACCAGGAGAGGUGAAGGGACCUGCAUCUUUCCACCGGUCAGAGCGCUUCAAACUGCUCAAGGCCAGUGGUGCUCCUUUCAUCCCACCACCAUCUCCUUCUAAAGAUGUGCCCAUGUCACCUGUGGCUGUGCGUAGGACCAUGUCUGUGGAUGGCCUGGUUGAUGGGUCCAUGUCAAAGAAAGACAAGAGCGGCCUAUUGAUGCAGUUGAAACAGCAGAAACUCCUGGAGAAAGAGAUCCGGUCCCUGGUGCAGCAGCGCGGGGAGCAGGACAGGCGCCUGGUAACCCUGGAGGAGGAGCUGAGGAAGGUGGAGGCCAAGCUGUUGUCUGCGGUCAGGGAGAAGACUGGUCUGGCAGCUAACGUCACCACCCUGGAGAGACAGCUGGCUGAGCUCAAGAAGACUAACGAGUUCCUCAAGAACAAGGUAUCUGCAGACAUCACUAAGAAGAGGAUCCAGUCUCUGUCUAUGGAGCUGAUGGAGGCCAGAAACAAAUUAGACGUCAAUGACAAGGAGCUGAGUUUCCUCCAGAUCAGUACAGAGGGCCAGGUGAAGUUGCUGGAGAUAGACCUGGAGGCUGCCAGAGCUACACUCACCGCCCUGAGGGAGAGGAACAAGGACCUGGAGGACCUCCACCAUGACACCAAAGUCCAGAAUGAGGAGCUGGAGAAUGAUAUGGAUACGCUGCAAGCUGUGAUCCAGGAGCUGAGAGAGGAGGUCAAUGUUCUUCAGGGUUACCUGGACACAGCCAACGACCACAUCCAGGAUCUGCGUAUGAAGCUUCAUAGGAAGACCGAGAUGGUGAACAGCAUCUCUGAGUCUCAGCAGCAGAAACUGGGCCAUCUUGAGCAGAAACUUGAGCAGUGCACCACGGAGCUCGAAAACUCUCAGAACACUCUCCGUCAGAAGGAGGAGGAGUCAGAGAAAGGUCAGCAGGACCUGCAGGCCUCCCGGGAUGCUUUGCAGGAGACUUGGAAGCUUCUGGAGCGGCGAGAGGCGGAGCUGAUGUCCUCCCAGAAGGCAUUGGGAGAGAUGGAGGUGCAGAUGCAGCGGGCCAACCAGGAAGUGUCUGACUCCCAGAGUGCAGUGUGGCAGCAAGAGGCGGAGCUAGUGCGGCUGAGGGAAGUGCUGAGGAGGACAGGGGAGGAGCUGGAUGAGAGAGUAGCUCACCUGGAAGAGAAGUGCAAGGUCCUGGAGGAGGAGAGAGUUAGUAGACAGGGGAGAGUGGAGGAGCUGAAGGCAGAGCUGAGCCUCCUGCGGGAGAACAGAAGAAGUGAGAAGGAGGUGCAGGAGCAGCUGGAGCAGACACACACCUCCCUGGCUGAGGAGUUGAAGCAGGAAAAGGAGCAUGCAGCCUCCCUGGCCUCGGUGCUGGAGAGGGUGAAGGAGGAGACAGAGGAGGAGAGGAAACAGUUGGAGGAGGCUCUAGGAGAGCUGUCGGUUCUGGAGUUGCAGGAGGAGCGGAGAGAGGAGGCCCUACAGCGUCUCCAACAGGAGAAGACAGAGUUGGAGAGAGAGCUGACUGAGACCAGAGCACUGCUAGACAGGAGGAACAGUGACAUGCAGGAGGUACACUCUGCUGCCAUGAGGAGGCUGCAGGAGGAACACUCCACCUCCCUCAGCAAGAUAGGAGACCUGGCCACUGAACUGGAGAGCUCCAGGCAGGCCCUGAAAGGAGCAGAGGAGAGGGGUAGAGCGCUGGAGGAGGUGGUGGAGAGGGUGACUAAGCAGAUGAAAGAAGAGAUGGAGAGAGUGAAUCAGCGUAAAGAGGUGGAGGUGAAGAAAGUGAGGGAGGAGAUGCUGGAGGAGCAGGAGAAACAUCUAGCUGACCAGCAGGCUCAGGAGAAAGCAAGAGCGGAGUAUGCAAGAAUGCUGUUGGCGGCACAGACUCGUCUAGCUCAGAGAGAUGAGGAGAUGAAGAGGGCUGAGGAGGAGCUGCAGGAGGAGAGGAUGGAGAAAGAGGAGGUUCAAAGACUACUGGAGCAGGAGAAAGGAGAGAGGGAGGUGCAGAGGAGAGACUUGAAGCAAUGGAUGUCAGACGAGGUGGGGAGGCUAGAGAGACGGGUGGAGGUGGUAGAGGAGGAGAAGCUAGCUCUUCAGUGCUUGGUAGGAGAGGUGGAGAAGGAGAAACUGAGCCUUCACAACCAGUUGGAGAAUCAGGUAAAGAAAGAUCUGCCCUGUCUAGAGAACCACAUGAAGGAGGUAGAGAAAGAGAGGGAUGAUCUGAAAACAGUAGUGCAAAUGUUCGACAUAGACAAACGGGGCCUUCAGGACCAGGUAGAACUAAUAAACAACCGACCGAUGAAGGCAGAAGAACAGAGAGCGAGUCUCCAGAGCCAGGUAGAACUGAUGGAAGAGAAGGUUUCUCUCCAGAGCCAGGUAGACCCAGUUGUCCAGGAGAAGGUUUCUCUCCAGUGGGAGAUGGAGGAACAGAGAAGAGACUACCAGAGACAGCUGGUGGCAAUUCAGGACAAGAGUGAUGCAGAGACGGAACACUGGAGGAGACAGUACGAGGAUCUCUACACUAAGGUCAAGCCCUUCCAGGAGCAGCUGAAUGGGUUUGCUGCGGAGCGGGAUGCGCUGCUGAACGAGAAUGGGGCGAACCAGGAGGAGCUGACCCGGCUCGCGGACGCCUACGCUCGUCUGCUUGGCCACCAGAACCAGAAACAGAAGAUCAGACAUGUGGUGAAGCUCAAAGAUGAGAAUGUCUCUCUCAAACAGGAGCUGUCUAAGCUGCGUGCCCAGGUGUCCCGUCAGAAGAAGGGAGGCCAGCCCCAACGCAGGGUUGACCCCACCAAAGCCUUGAACCACCAGGACAGCAAGGAGAACGAGCAGCCUGCUGCCGCACCUCUCAGACAGGGAAACCGCUGUUGAAAGUUAGACAAUGGACAGACCCUCAUAGAAAGCACCAACUGCCCUGGUUGAACAGGACACCUCCUACUGAGUCAAGAGGUCAUGGUCAUGCGUAAUAUUUCUUUCUCAUUUGAAACCAAAUGCUCUGAAAAGCUACUUGAUGAAUCUAUAAGGGGGGUGGGGGUGUUUGUAACCCUGAAUAUGUUUUAGGAGAAACAGAGGCCUUUAUUUUUCCAUCCUAUAGAGCAAUUAUGUCAGUUUCGGCAUGAAACAUGCCCGUCAUUCUUUUGCUACAGCAUUCAUAUUAAGCACAAUGUUUUGUUUGUUUUCUUCAACCUAACAUACAGUUGUGUAUAAUGCAAAUACACUGUACAUGUUUAGCUCUAUUCAUUUUAAGUUUUUUUUGUUUUGUCUAAUCAACAGUUUUGAUUUCCAGAAGAUGGGAAUGUAACUUCUCUCUUUUCACUUUCUUCUAACAGACUGACUCUUGUAAAUAAAGCCCCAAAUGUUCUCUUUUCCUUCACACUGAGAGAAGCGGGAGGAUUGUUUUAAA